AUGUAUUGUGUUACUAGCGCAUUCAGCCGGGCGGUGAGGGUAAGAGGCAUUGGUUGGAAUGGAAACAUUUAUUUCACUGUGAAUGGAAGACCAGAGCAGGCCGAGUUUCCUGUUGACUCCCCCUCACAAGAUGUUAAAGACCUGUUCCGAUGCGCAGCUGAAGCUGGCCCACAAGCUUUCCUAAAACGGUACAACACCAACAUCUCCCCCUGCUACCAGCUGGAGGUGGUCGCUGCAGACUGCAACAGUGAGCCGUUAGGUACCAAGUGAGCAGUGGCACUGGGCUUUGAUUUAGCUUCCAUGGAGAAAAGGUCACAAAGCAUAGAGAAGAAGAUUCUUGUUGAAACUGGUGAGGAGUCAUUCAGACAAAAGCUUGAGAGUGUGGAGGACCUGAGCUGGCUGGGCCUAUUUAAAGAGCUCAAUGUAAGCACCCACAAACCCUCACCAUUUUACCACAAACGAACACGACGCAAGACACACGAAGAGUGUGAACACGUGAAGGAAAAGUUCCUCCAGAUGAGUUUCCUGGAGGUCUCUGAGGAAGUGAAGGAAUACCUUAAGACACCUACGUUUGACAACUGGCAAUGGGAGGAUGCAGAGAUCUUGGUGUUGCUACAGGUGAUGUACACAGACCUGGACUUCAUCUCCACCUUCAACAUAGAGCUAGACGUGCUGCAGCAGUUCCUCUAUGAGGUCUACAAGCGCUACAACAACAUCCCCUUCCACAACUUCAAACACUGCUUCUGUGUCACGCAGAUGAUGUAUGGACUCAUAUGGCUAACAGAUCUGAGGAGUAAGACUGACGAUAUGGAUCUCUUAAUCAUGCUGACCUCAGCUGUCUGUCACGACCUAGACCACAGAGGCUACAACAGCGCCUACCAGAUCAAUGGCCGCACCGAACUCGCCCUGAGGUACAAUGACAUCUCACCUUUGGAGAACCAUCAUUGUGCUGUAGCAUUUGAGAUCCUGGAGAAGACUGAAAGCAACAUUUUCCGGAACCUGACAACAGAGCAAUACAAGAGGAGAAGAGAGAGAAUCAUUAAGUGCAUCCUGGCCACAGACAUGAGCAGGCAUACCGAGAUCCUCAACAAGUUUAAAACCAUUCUGCCCAUGUUUGACUUCAGUGCCAAGUAUCACAGGGAUGUGGUAAGAGCAGAUUCGUUUGCUACAACUCAAAAAAGGGAGACAGAGUCAGGACCCUGGCUGGACCUCUGGCUGGACUGCUUGCUGCAGGAGUUAUUCAACCAGAGUGACAUGGAGAAGCUGGGACUACCGGUCACACCGUUCAUGGACCGACACAAGGUGACCAAGCCUUCCUCUCAGACGGCCUUCAUCUGCUUUGUCCUGUUCCCUCGCUUCAUCGAGCUGACCAAUCUCUUUCCCUGCCUUGAGAUCAUCGACCCGGUGAGGAAAGCCCUGGACUACUACACAGAGAUGGAGAAUGCACUGGACAGGGAGAAGUAUAAUCGCACUCAGAGUGAAAAGACAGCCAAGCCUAAAGAGGGCGCUAUGACCAAGGAGUCUGAGGUUUCGCUAGAGCCAGGGCCUGCAGUGAAACCAAGCACACUCUAAUCAUAGAACACUGUCUGUGAGUAACAUUGGUUGGACAGUGCUAAAGUUUUACUAUAUAUUUAUUGUCCGUGGCAAGCCUGACAUGAAAACGUGAAUGUUUUUCAAAGAGGCAAAACAAAUCAGUAUACCAUACAAGAACAAAUGAAGUUUAGCUCUUUGAACCUUUGUUAGUUUACAAGUGAUUCUCUCCAAAUGUACAGUAAAAAGGAAAAUCUGUUAUCAUAUGUUUUAGUGCUACUUCACAUUUAUCUUUUGCCGAUAAGAAACUUGACCGAUAUGAACUUACAUUUAGUCUAUUAAGAUACUUGGACUGGCACUACAAAUAAAUUGUAUUUACACCAAAUGGCAAGUUGCAUUUAAUUCAGGGCUAACAGAGUGUUCACUUCACUCUGUUCUUCACUGUGCUGACUCAUGAGCACAACUCUCCACUGGAGCUGCAUUCUGAAUUAAUACACUUAAUUAACCCUCCACGAGGCUGAGCAGGCAGUAGAAACAACCCCCAUCCACCCACACCCCCGUUCCUCUUUAGUGCAUGAUGUGAUGGUUAAGACAGCAAUCACACACCUUUCACAUCAGCCAGCAUAAUACCGUCAUGCCCCAUUCAUAAUUAAACCGCUAUAAAGAUAUGAAUGAAUGA